AUUUCAGCGUCUCUCCUCUACUUUUUUAUUCACACUUUACAUUCUUCUCUGCUUGUUUCAUCCCUUAUAGCAACUCAAUCGCAGUUAUGUUGCGCUGGUACCAGUCCAAGUUGGCAAAGAGGCCCAUCCUCACCGCAAGUGUCACCAGUGCUUUCCUAUUCGGCAGCGGUGAUGUUCUAGCACAGCAAGCUGUUGACCGGAAAGGUCUCCAAAAGCAUGACUUUGCCCGCACUGGGCGCAUGGCUCUAUAUGGUGGAGCCGUCUUCGGUCCAGCCGCCACUACCUGGUUCGGCAUCCUCCAGCGUCAUGUCGUUCUCAAGGGCACCGUGUCCACCACUGCUGCUCGUGUUGCCGCCGAUCAAAUCUUCUUUGCCCCGGUCCAGCUCACCUGUUUCCUAUCCUCGAUGGCUAUAAUGGAAGGCGUUGAUCCUGUGGAAAGGUGGAAGGCUGCCUUUGUUCCCGCCUACAAGGCCAACCUGAUGGUCUGGCCGUUUGUACAGGGCGUCAACUUCACAUUUGUCCCCUUAGAGCUGCGCCUGCUGUUUGUCAACGUUAUCAGUUUGGGGUGGAACUGCUUCCUUAGCUUGAUGAACAGCGGCGAGGAAGUAGAGUUACAAGCCAUGGUUUGAGAUACCCUUGAAGUUUUAAUUGUCAGGAAGUUUUAAUUGUCAGCUAUUCUGUGCUUUUCACAUUGGCGCUCCAUUAUAUAGGUUUUUUUUGGUUGUUGGGUUAUUUGGUCCUCAGGCAUCAUAUUCGGGAAGAUUUUUAUUCUGCAUUUUUCGGCUAUGUAGAAUUCUGGAUAGUAUAAAUCUGAAUCAAAAUAUUCAAAUCCAAUAACAGAUAAAUGAAAUGAUGCAAGUAGAAAUAAGAGUAAAGUGAAGAUCGG